AUGGUUGGAUUUUCGGUUAGUCUGAAGGGCCAAAAAGCUGGUCAGAAAGGUAGUGUCGUUGACAAGAGGAAGAAGAGAUCUAAUGUGUUCAACGAGACAGAUUUAGGCGAGACCAAGAAGUCCAGGAUACGAGUGACGCAUGUGGGUGGGUAUCAAGAACAAACGAGGCAAGAGCUUGUAAUCAAGCCUGAAGGCAAUAAGAAAGUCUCGCAAAAUAACUUGGCGGAUGAAGAAAUCCCAGAAACCCAGUUGAAGUUUGGCUUAAACGCAGGGAGAGAAGUGCCACAGGCCGAGCACCAAAAACCUGACAGUCUGUUCAUAGACAAUAAACACAACUUUCGGGAUACACUGGACCAGCCAGAGAUAACGGAGCAAGAGGAAUAUGAAGCUGUUCCGAUCGAGGAAUUUGGGGAUGCUUUGUUACGGGGCAUGGGCUGGAAUGGGACGGAUCGUGAAUCGAAAGAUCCUUCUGGCGAAAAAAAAGCGGUUCAGUUCCGUCCUGCUCUCCUAGGACUUGGUGCAAAAGCCGUUCAAAGCACGCAUGUUGAUCAAGCAACGCAAUCGCGCCCAUUUUUGCCAGUGAAAAAAAUCGACAAGCACACCGGCAAGCAUCUAUGA